GUUUCAUUAAAUCCUUUCAACAUUAGCGGUAAGAUACUAAAAGGGUAAAACGUUUCUUCUUAGAAAUGUUUUUAUGCAUACAAAUUAACAAUCAGGCAGACGUGUCCGGGUUUGCAACUAUAAAUAUUCGGAUGUUUUCAACCAAUCCAAACAACACAAGACGAUUUCAAGUGGUGGAUAACAAUUUUAAAAAGUUCAAAAUAUGUACACUGUUGCAGUGUUUCUGUUUGCAGUGUGUGCAGUGUUGGCUGUUAGCUCAGUUUCGGGAGGUGCGAUAUUAUGCGAGCGCUCGAAAGGCUACAUCCACUGUCCCCCUGGCCAGAGGAUAGCCGUUCAUUACGCUUACUACGGAAGGACACACGAUCGAAGUAUCUGUCCCCAUCCCGCCACAUCCAACCAGAAUUGCCGCGCAUCUGGCUCAUUCAACAAAAUCAAGAAUGCUUGCCACAAUAAACAGGUAUGUUACUUGGCGGCAAAUAAUGGAGUGUUUGGCGACCCCUGCGUUGGAACUUACAAGUACAUUGACGUAAACUUCUCCUGUGUGCAGGCAUAUAAAAACAGCCGGACGCUGAUAUAAGUAAACAAUGUGUUGUAUCAGUGAGUCAUCAGGAUUAAAACAAUGCUCAAACUAAUACACCAAUGAAAAAUGUAACUUUGCCUAUUAUGAAGACGAUAUAUGACUUGUCACGAGAUAUCAGCAAAUCAUUGGCGUUCAACAGACCACUCUAUUGCUCCAUUUUUGAGAAUAUUUUAACUCAUUCAUAAAAUAUAUCGAAAAAUAUUAAUCUCUUUUUUAAAUUCAUAGUAUUGUUUUGUAAUAUCCGGCAAAUGCCAUUGUGCCUCAUCGAAUAUAAUAUUGAAUAUUUUCAGCAUAUUUGAUGAUCUCAGUGUUAUAUCGUUUUACUUUUCAAAAGAGUUACAGAGAGACAUCUUUUCACGGUUGGCAAAGCCACGAUUAAAUAUAUUUUUUUUCUAUUGUUUCUGUAUAUUUAAACAUUCAUCUAUUUUUCUGUUUCUUGUAUAUUUUUUCGGAGAUUUAUAAUAUUGGUUUAAUUAGAUUUAAUUUGCUUCACGGCCACCCGUGGGAUGCCCCUAACGUUUUUAUUGAUCGCCGAUGACGUAGACUGUUGUUCCUACGUUGGCUUGUAGAGAAACAGUUAUCCAAUCUUAUUUUUAAAGUUUAUUAUUUUCUUUUGUUUCACAGCGAACAUUUGACAAAUAUUAGUCAAUUAAUUUAUAUCCAUGCAUUAUGUUCCUAAAAUAACAGUUAAUACACGAACUAUAUUUAAAUUCAACAGGUCAUGAAUACAUUGACCAAAUUACGCUGGUCGUUAUUUACUCGAUGAACAUUUGAAAGGUUGAAUUUAAAAAGAACAUCUGUAUAAACAUUGAAUUGAAACAAUGUUAGCAGUUUUUUUCAUCAUCAUAAUUGGAUGAUAAAUGGAUAUUAUAUCACCUUCACUGUCAGACAUCAAUCUUACUUUUUAGUAGACAAGUCAUUUUUAACAUUGUGUGAAGACCACGCUUUGAUGAUGACAUGAUUUGAUUUUACAUUAAAUGGAUAAUGCAAUAUCGAAAUUAUACUAGAACAGUUGUUUACGUCUAAUAUUUAUUACGAAAGCAAAUGUUCGAGUAUUUAAAUAAAAUGGGUUUACCAUUUUCAUAGUAAACACAUUACAUUGGAUUUGCAUUUUACCGCAAUCAAUCUUGCCAUCUAUAAUUGAGAAUUAUUUUGUGGUAGUAUAUUUGAUUAGAUGGCAUUACUUUUAAUAUGUUGAUGUAAUUUGGUGUUAGAUUUGAUUUAGCAAGUCACAAGCUUCAAGUUUUAACACAUAAAGUUGCAUAACUAUUCACAUUAGUUUACUGAACCACUGCUGACAAUGCUACGACCAUUGAUUUUAAGCGGAGAAUGAAAUAUUGGGGACUUAACGCUAGAUAAUGGGGAUAAACGUGUGUUUGAUGCGUGAGACAAUAUCCUUAUAUAUAUAUAUAUAUAUAUACACGUAAUUAUUUUGAUGAUAUGAGUUCUCAAUACACAUUUAAUAUCAAAUAUAUAGAUAACCACAGAAAUAUCAUGAUAGUCGAUAUUAGUUAGUUUGAAGUGCUAUAAGUCAAUAAGGUACACAUUAACAUAAUUGGGAAGUGAGCAAAAUCGUGUUAUUGCUCAGUCUUUCUUCUGUGAUUGGUCUGAGUAAAUUAAAGUACUAAGUCUCCAGAUGCCCAUUUCAAGUUGCAACUUGUCAAUUGUUGUAUUGUGUACGAUCUAUCGUUUGUGGAUUGAAAUAAAGGGACUGCUGGAAAUCCGGGAAAUAUUCCAAAAUGUGAUUGAUAACGAACACGUAUUCAGACAAAUCGGAAUGUUUAGAAGCAAUUAUUAUGCCCCCUUUUGAAAAAAGUGGGGUAUAUUGUUUUGCACAUGUCGGUCGGUCGGUCGGUCGGUCUGUCUGUCUGUCGGUCGGUCGGUCGGAAUACCAAAUGGUUUCCGAUCAAUAACUUGAGAACGCUUUGACCGAGGGACCUCAUACUUGGUAUGUGUAUUGGUCAUCACCAGCAGAUGAACCCUAUUGAUUUUGAGGUCAGUGGGUCAAAGGUCAAGGUCAGUGUGACCUUUACAUGAAAAACGGUUUCCGAUCAAUAACUUGAGAACGCUUUGACCCAGGAACCUCAUACUUGGUAGGUGUAUUGGUCAUGACCAGCAGAUGAACCCUAUUGAUUUUGAGGUCAGUGGGUCAAAGGUCAAGGUCAGUGUGACCUUAACAUGAAAAACGGUUUCCGAUCAAUAACUUGAGAACGCUUUGACCCAGGGACCUCAUACUAGGUAGGCUUAUUGGUCAUGACCAGCAGAUGAACCCUAUUGAUUUUGAGGUCAGUGGGUCAAAGGUCAAGGUCAGUGUGACCUUUACAUGAAAAACGGUUUCCGAUCAAUAACUUGAGAACGCUUUGACCCAGGAACCUCAUACUUGGUAGGUGUAUUGGUCAUGACCAGCAGAUGAACCAUAUUGAUUUUGAGGUCAAAGGUCAAGGUCAGUGUGACCUUAACAUGAAAAACGGUUUCCGAUCAAUAACUUGAGAACGCUUUGACCCAGGGACCUCAUACUAGGUAGGCUUAUUGGUCAUGACCAGCAGAUGAACCCUAUUGAUUUUGAGGUCAGUGGGUCAAAGGUCAAGGUCAGUGUGACUGUAAGCUGAAAAAAGGUUUUCUGAUUGUCCAUAUUUUAUUUUCUUAUAUAGUAGACAGUAGAAAUUUAUAUGUCACUAAAUGCAUGAGUUGAAGUAUCAGUUUUCAGUGAACAUCUAGUUUAAUUAUGCCCCCCUUCGAAGCAGAGGGGUUAUAUAAUUGCUUUGCACAUGUCGGUCGGUCUGUUGGAAGACCAAAGCUUGUCCGAGUGAUAACUCAACAAUUCCCGGACCUAUGGUCAUCAAACUUGACAUGAAGAUUAGGUAUGACCAGUAGAUGACCUGCCUCAUAUGCAUCCAAUGACAAAUCAGCUGUCAUUUCAGUCCAUGCAUAUUUCAUUCAAUUGUCCAAAUAUUUCUGGCAACUUGGCGCUCAGGGGGCAUAAUGUUUGACAAACAUCUCUUGUUUGAAUUUAUGUCUUUAAAGUAGGCUUACAUUUAGACAUUUAUCGUAGUUUAGCAUAUUGAUUUCAAAUAUGGAUUCCGUAAUAUGCAUAUUUUUCUAAAUGAAUUGUAAAGGUAACAAUAAACCAUAUGGCUCUC